AUGGGUGACAAUAUUCAUGCUCCCACAGUGGCCUCUGGGCCUACAUCGGGCGCUGAAAGUCGCGAUUGGUCAAAACUGUCGAUGCCUGAUCUGAUGCAGGAGAAGGAGAAGAUUGAAGAAGAACUCAAGGCACUCAGCGCGGUUCUCAGCUCACAUGGAGUGUCUAUGAACUCAGGCCUCACCACGUUUGACGGGUUUCCGCGCGAUGACAUCGACAUUCCUCAGGUGCGAAAUACACGUGUGCGAAUCAUCCAUCUCCGGACCGACCACAAGGAAGUCAUGCAAUACCUUGAGAAAGGUCUCCAUGCCCAUUUUGCCAAACUCCAGGAAGCCCAAGCCUCUGCGACUACAAACGGUACCACAGUACCAUCCGCCUUACCAUCAUCUACACUUGAGAAUGGCACUACAGAUGCCAGCGCACUUGGAACACCAUUUGCUAAGGUCAAUAGUGUCGAAGUGGGAAGUCCAGCAGAUCAGGCAGGCCUGAAGACGGGUGACGCAAUUCGAAACUUUGGAAAUGCGCAUUGGUUAAACCAUGCACGUCUUUCUAAGGUGGCCGAGGUUGUUCAACAAAGCGAAGGGCGACCGGUCUUGGUUAGGGUAUCGCGCAAGGAGGAAGGUGGAUCACAAACUACAGAAUUAGAUCUGCAGCUCACCCCUCAACGUAAUUGGGGAGGUCGGGGACUUCUGGGAUGUCAUUUGGUUCCUUUGUAG